UAAUAAUAAUAAUAAACUUUAAAGUGUUUAAAAUAUACCAUGAAAUCUAAUUAAACGUCGUUUAAUAAAAUCUAAAAUCAAUUAACGGAUUUAACGUGCGUCUAAUUUAAUAAAAUUUAAUCAUAAAGAAAAUUUAUAAGAAUAAAAGAGUGUUGUGUGUGAAAAUAAAAAAAUGAAAUCUCAGAAAGUAUUAUUGUUUUUCCUAACGUUGGCUCUUUCCACACAUAUUAACGAUGCCUAUAGAAUUCUGUGCCUCUUCCCGUACAACGGAAAAAGCCAUUUUAUAGUGUUCGAGGCCCUGUGCAAGGGAUUAGCCAGUAAAGGACAUCAAAUCGACAUGAUCAGUCAUUUUCCAACGAAGAAACCGAUUCCUAAUUACACGGAUAUUAUUGAUUUAAGUGGAACGAGAAAAGCAAUAGUGAGCAGUUUCACCAUUGAUUUUGCCAAGAUAUUAGACCGAUCACUCGUGUAUUAUUUGACUACAGAUUUUGGCAGUUCUUAUUGCCACUUAAUGGGCAACGAAAAGAUGCAAAAAUUCAUUAAAAACCCACCCAACGAUCCACCUUACGAUCUCAUAAUUACAGAGUAUUUUGCCUCACCGUGUUAUUUGGGAUUUGGCCAUUUGUUGAACGCGCCAGUGGCUAUCGCAGUAUCGUUUCUGGAAAUGCCCUAUAUCGAUAAUUUUAUGGGAAGUCCGUUCAAUUAUGGCUUCUUUUCGGGACACUAUAACGAUUAUCCCGUGGUGGAUACGUUCCUCGAUCGCCUGUGGAAUUUCAUCGUUAAUUACAAGGAGGAGCAAAAAUUUUACUAUUACACGAGCGAUCAGACCGAUUUAAUGAGAAAAUAUCUAGAUUUACCGAAUUUACCAGAUAUCAGAGAGUUGGAAAGAAACGUGAGCCUGGCUAUAGUGAACUCGCAUCACAGUUAUCAUGGGAUCAGAGCGGUCACGCCAGCUAUCGUAGAAGUCGGUGGAAUACACAUAGUUGAAUCCGAUCAGAAAGUAAAUCCGGAAUUGAAAGAAUGGUUGGAUUCAGCGAAUCAUGGAUUGGUGUAUUUCUCAAUGGGCUCAAUAUUGGCAAUCGAAGAGAUGUCAAAAGAAAUGAUAUCAAUCUUUUACCAAUCGUUCGCGAAAAUAUCACCAAUAAAAGUGUUGAUAAGAUGCGCCAAUUCGACCAAGUUACCCCCUGGUCUACCCAGUAACGCGAUGACCCUCUCUUGGAUCCCUCAGAUUGCUGUUUUAAGACAUAAAAAUACGCGAGUAUUCAUAACGCAUGGAGGCUUUGGAGGAACUCAGGAAGCCAUUUAUUAUGGAGUCCCCAUGAUAGGAAUACCUGUAUUCUCCGAUCAAAAAAAGAACAUCUAUGCCCUGGCCCAGAAGAAUAUGGCUGUUGCAUUAGAUAUCGACAACAUCAACGAGGAUAUCGUAAAUACCGCUUUAGAUGCUGUUUUACACGAUCCUAAAUACAGAGAAUCCGCAAAGAAGAUAUCAAAAAUGUUCAAAGAUCGGCCAAUGAGCGCGAUAGACACCGCCAUUUAUUGGAUCGAGUACGUGAUAAGAAAUGGGCCGCAAAGUUUGAGAUCGCACGCGGUCGAUCUACCCUGGUGGAAAUUGUAUCUGAUCGAUGUUUUCGUCUUCUUGAUCGCGUGUUUCGUUCUAACGAUCUGUCUCCUCGUGACACUUUUGAAAAUUUUGUUUGGAUAUCUGUUUAAUAUAGGAAUUCAAACGAAAAGGAAAACGAAUUGAGAGAAAUUAUGAAAAA